AUGAGAAGUACAGUCUUCAGUGGUGCUUUUCUGUUAUUCUGCCUCUUAGGUGAUGGGCAUAUUCAAGCACCAUCCUGGGGACUAUCCCUCUCAAAUGAAAUGGAAAAAAUGUAUAUUCAAGGUGUUGGAGGUGUGAUCUGUAGGGCAUGCAACCUCUCAAUCCCUUUCCAUGGAUGUCUAUUAGACUUUGGAACCUGCCGAACAAAACCUGGUCAAUACUGUAUGAAAGAGACCCAUAGUAAAAAUGGAAUUCAAUGGUAUUCAGUUAAAGGUUGCACAGAAAGCAAGAAGGAGUGCUUCCAGAGAACUGUGACACCUAAUGAAGUUCACUCUACUCACUGCUGCUAUCGUACUAUGUGCAAUUUCUGA